AUGGGAGCCAAGAAAAAAAUGCGGGGGACCCAUGGAGCACCAGAAGCAACCAUAGAGUACCCAUGGACCCCAGAAGAAGGCAUUGGAUACUCUGGACUAGUGAUGGAGAAGGUUGAUUACUGGGAAGUGAAUCUGGAUCCUCUGGAAAAAGUUCUCAUAGCCACUGAGCCAUAUCUUCAGCUCCUAAAUCCAGAUUUUAAAAAAAACAUUUUACCUCAGGAGCCCAGUUUCAUUCAUCCCAGGUGCUUCUGGAGAAUGAAGCAGAAUGAAGAGAACGAUGGAGUCUCAUUAACAUAUCAUGCCUUCCUUACUAGUCCAACAAAUAGAACAGAUGCUGUGGAGUAUUUGGAAGGCAUUUUGCAUGAAGAAACACCAAAGAAAAACUUUCAGUUUGUAUUGGCCUUCAUGUUUUCCUUGGAUGAAGUCAUCAGGGACCCUGAUCUUUUACCAAAUAUGUCUUUCCAAUUUGAAACUAUGCCAAGUUCGUGUAAGAUUGUGCCACAAUUACACAGAUGCCUUGAACAUUCUAUCAACUCUCAUGAUAUUACUCCUAAUUAUAACUGUAUAAAUUUGAAGACAUGUGUAGUUAUGAUUUCAGGACCAAGCUGGGUAGUAUCUUCUCUAGUUGCAAAAGCCAUGGACAGCAACAUUCCUCCGCAGAUCCUUCAGCUUACCUUUGGACCCUUCCAUCCUAUCCUGAGUGAUCGUGAACAAUUUCCUUUUCUGUAUCAAAUGGCCCUUGAGGACACAUCUCUACCUCUGGCCAUGGUCUCCCUCAUACUUCACUUCAGUUGGAACUGGGUUGGAUUGACCAUCUCAGACCAUGAUCAGGGUAUCCAUUUUUUCUCAUAUUUGAGAACAGAGAUGGAAAAAAGUAUGCUCUGCUUUGCCUUUGUGAACAUGAUUCUGCUCAACAUGCAUAUGUACAUGUCAAGAGCUGAAGUGUAUUAUAACCAAAUCUUGACGUCAUCCUCAAAUGUUGUUAUCAUUUAUGGUGAAACAGAUAGUACUCUAUCUGUCAGCUUUAGAAUGUGGACAUCUCGAGGUAUACAGAGAAUCUGGGUCACCACCUCGCAGUUUGAUGUCACUACAAGUAAGAGUGACUUCUUGCCUGAAUUGUUCCAUGGGACUCUAGCAUUUGCAUACCACCAUGCUGAGAUUUCUGGUUUUAAAAAUUUUAUCCAGACAGUGAACCCUCUCAAAUACUCAGAUGAAUACCUGGCAGGGCUGGAGUGGAUGAACUUUAACUGUGGGAUCUCGGCUUCUAUGUGCAAGACACUGAGGAACUGCUCAUCCAACAGCUCACUGGAAUGGCUGAUUGCACAGACAUUCGACAUGGCUUUUAGUGAUGACAGCUAUGACAUAUACAAUGCUGUGUAUACUAUGGCCCAUGUCUACCAUGAGAUGCUACUUCAGCCAAUGGGCAAUCAGGAAGUACACUUGCCUAACUGCCUGAAGCUUGCCUUGGAGGAGCUUUUCAGUUUGAUGAAGCCCUAUUGA